AGAGUUGUUUAGAGUGCAUGCGACGGCAAACUUCGCAUGCAUCCCCUACCCUCUCUGCAAACUCGGCUGUGAAUUCCGAGGGGGGUCUGCGUGAACACCCUCCAAUCCUCCCCUUUCAGUGCAAAACCGGUCGUCGCGGGCUCUUCCACGCGUCGCCGCAAAAACACGUCCGUAACGCGUCGUCCCGCUCGUUUCCUCGAUCUGGACGGAAAACGCAGACCGAACCACACCCGGACGAACUCACAGGUUACUCAGCAGCACCACACCUCCCACCCCUCUCAAAAUGGCAACAUCCUUCUUCUCCGUCCUCAUCAACGGUCAAAUCGAGUCCGGUCACUUCGCAUCGUACGACAACAUCUACCUCAAAUUCUCCUUCGUGCACGGUCCGGACUGGGCCGUCGUCGCGGGCGUCGAGGAAGGCAUCACCCAACAAUCGCUCUCCAACCUCUUCUUCUCCCGCGGCGACCCGCGCAAGGCCGGCUGUGUGUGGAACUUCCCCAUCGACCUCGCGUUCAAAUCUACCAACGCUUACGGGUGGCCGCAGAUGCUGAUGACGGUAUACGGCCCGGAUUUGUUGGGGAGGGAUGUGGUUAGGGGCUAUGGGGUGGUGAGGGUGCCGAGGGUUCCUGGGAUACAUACAUUGGAGGUCCCAAUGUUCGUCCCCCUCGCCUCAACAACCCUAAACGGAUUCCUGUCGUGGGCGAGCGGCCGGCUGCCUGAGUUUCGGGAUGUGCGGUUUAUUGCCGGGAAUGAGGGGCGGGAAGUGACGACGGUACGCAGCCAGGGGAUCGUGAAGGUGACGUUGAAUGUGGGGACGAAGGAUAUGGAAAGGUUUGGGUAUGUCGUGCGGAGUUUGACCGGGAAGUGAAGUGAUACUGUUCGGGGGGAUUGUAACGUGUCGUGUGGGUUGUAAGAGUGUGUACAUACAGAAUG